GAGAGAGAUCUCAAAAAGCAAAACCAUAACCCUAAAGAGCCUCUGAAAUCUCCAGCCGCCGAAACAUGUCUAUCCCGCACAUCGCUCCGGUACCUCACCCUCGCGAUGGGUAUUACGCUACAAACAAUCCGUACCAAGUGAACGGACCAAAAGGUUUUACUGAGUUCAAGUAUCUGGAAGAGACCCAUGAUCUGUUCGUGAGGCUUGAUUUCCCAGGAAUCCAGAAAGAGAGUGUGAUAAUCCUUCUCGAACCAUCGAAGAAAGCUGUCAUUGUGACCGGAGAAGCACCCAAAGAGAGCAAACACGAUUCUUCUCACCGUAAGUAUGGAACCGCCACGGGUCUAAUCUGUGACUGCUGUGAAAUCAGUAACAUUCAGUGUUUUGUUGGUGAUGGUGUCGUUAGACUUAUCCUCUCCAAGCAGAAGAUCAAUCUUCGUGUUCCUAUUUUCUGUUCCUUCGGAGGUGCAAGAAUGCCUACUGAUGCUUCUCCUAACAUCAUUCGUGGUUAUAACCCAGAAGUCGCAGGUGGCCAUCCUCUUGCUCAUCUUCGUGGACUUAAUCCAGAAGGUUGUCGUGGCACUGACCCUUUUGAUCCGGCGUUCACUGGUCCGACCAUACGACCACACCCGUCAGUGUUGGAGGGAUCCACGAGUGCUUACGAGACAAAGCAGCUCUCAAACGGUGGUCUGUAUCUGCGAAUUGACAUGCCUGGUGUCCCUAGCGACGGCUUCAUUGUGGCAGUGGACGGCAAUGGUGUCGUCACCAUCAUGGGACGAGCUCCUGCGACUAUGCACGACUCAAGUGGGCGUAGUUACGUAUGCAAGGUCGCCAUUGUCCCUAGAGGCUAUGCUGGCGUCGGAUCAAGAUAAUCGCCAAACAUGGUGUCAUCCGUCUCACUAUCCCUCCCUACUAAUUAAUGAAUCGGCUCUUAAUUAAGAUCAUGCUUUUGGAAUUAAUCAUCAUGUUUAAAACAAUAUUGGGACAUGCAUA